GUCUGGAGACCCACCCCUUGGCUCACCACGCACCUCCCCAUCCCCACUGGGUGUGGAGGAGCUCCACAGUUAUUCCUACACACACUGAAGCAACUGGCAGUGCCGGGCUGCCUCUGAUGCCAUGGCUUCGGGGACAGAGCAGCAAUGUGGCAGCCUCACUGUCUUCAGCAAGGAGGACUUCGAGGAGGACUGGGUGAAAGUGGCCAGUGGGGGCUUUGGGUGCGUGUACCAGGUCAAGCACAAGAAGUGGAGGACGGUCUAUGCGGUGAAAUGCUCCCCGUACCUGCUGCACGACCCUGGCGCAGAGAGAACUAGUGUGAACUGUCUAAUGGAAGAAGCAACCAAGAUGGAGAAAAUAAAAUUCCAGCACAUUGUAACUAUCUACGGGGUCUGCAACAGCCCUCUGGGCAUAGUGAUGGAAUACAUGGCCAGAGGGUCCUUGGAGAAAAUCCUGCCCACUCACAAAAUGUCAUGGCAGCUCAAGUUCCGGGUUAUCCAUGAGAUGGGCUUGGCUAUGAAUUUCCUGCACAGCAUGACACCUCCUUUGCUUCACUUAGACCUAAAGCCAGGGAACAUCCUCCUUGAUGGGAAUAUGCAUGUCAAGAUCUCAGACUUUGGGCUCUCCAAAUGGAUGGAGCAGUCAAGCCGAAUGCAAUAUAUUGAAAGCUCUGCUUUGAGGGGCACUUUGAGCUACAUUCCCCCAGAAAUGUUUCUGCAGAACACCAAGCCUCCAGGAAUCAAAUAUGACGUGUACAGCUUUGGAAUUGUCAUUUGGGAGGUGCUUAUGCAGAAGAAGCCUUAUGCAGGAGCCAACAUGAUGGCCAUCAUCGUCAAGGUAGCAGCAGGCAAGAGGCCCUGCCUGGAACCCAUCAGUGACGACUGGCCAGGGGAAUGCCAGCAGAUGGUGGACUUGAUGAAGAGGUGCUGGGAUCAAGACCCUAAGCAAAGACCGAGCUUUACAGAUAUCCCUGUAGAAACAGACAUGCUGCUGUCACUGAUACAAAGCCUUGUUGUGGAUCCGGAGAACGAGCGCCUUGUCAGAAAGAUGUCCCACAGACCUGCCAUUGCUGGGAACCAGCAGAGUGACAAAGAAGAGCUUAUCUUCUCUCAAGACGCCAGAGCCAGUGGAACCGGUCACCAGGAGGUUCACGGCCCACCUUCUCACAGUGAGAUGGAAAGCCCAGAGGACAUCCUGUAUCAGGAGAUCUGGAGAGUUCAUGAGAACGGCCUCACACUGCUUCACUUCGUGGUGAUCCAAGGAAACGUGGAAAAGGUGAAGUUUCUCCUGAGCUGCAAAGCCAAUGUGAACAGCCAGGCGGUCUGUGGCUACACCCCACUCAUCGUGGCUGUUCAGAAGAGAUCACCAGAGAUCUGCUCGGUGCUGAUAGAGCACGGUGCGGACACCAACAUGCCCGAUGAGGAUGGCUGGACACCUCUUCACUUCGCUGCUCAGAAUGGUGAUGACCGAAUUGUUCGCCUCUUGCUGGACCACCAGGCUCAUGUCAACGCUCAGGAGCACGACGGGUGGACCCCUCUGCACUUGGCAUCCCAGAACAACUUUGAGAAUGUGGCCCGAGUGCUGCUCUCUCGCCAGGCUGACUCCAACACCCAAGAGGUGGAUGGGAAAACCGCCCUCCAUGUGGCAGCCUGCUUUGGGCACGUCGGCCUGGUGAAGCUCCUCGCCAGUCAGGGAGCAGACCUGGAGAAGAAGCAGAAGAACCACAGGACUCCACUCCACGUGGCUGUGGAGAGAGGGAAGUUCAGGGUAGUCCACUAUUUGCUGAAUAACGGGGCCUGUGUCAACAGCCUGGACCAAAACCAUUACAGCGCCCUGCACCUGGCCGUGGUGAGGGGGAAAUAUCUCAUCUGCGAGAAACUCAUCAAGUACGGAGCCAACGUCGAGCUGCGGACGGACAAAGGCUGGACCCCCCUGCACCUGGCUUCAUUCAAAGGACACAUCGAGAUCAUCCACCUGCUGAAAGACAGCUGUGCCAAGCUGAACGUCAGGGGAAGCAUGGGCUGGACACCGCUGCAUUUGGCCACGCGCUACAGUGAAGAGCCGGUGGUCAGCGAGCUGCUGAGGUGUGGGGCAGACCCCAACAUCACUGAGAAGUCCGAGUGGGCCCCCCUGCAUUUUGCAGUGCAGCGGGGCUCUUUUCUGACUGUCAUCAAUCUCCUGGAGUGCAGGGCAGACGUCAAUGUGAAGAACAAAGUGGGCUGGACACCGCUGCACCUCGCCGUCCUCAAGGGCAACAUGGCCAUUAUAAAGACCUUGAUUAAGGCUGGUGCUCUGCUCAAUGUGGAAGAUAUUACUGGCUGCACGGCCCUCCAGUUGGCAAUUAGGCACCAGAAAGAAAACAUCAUUACGUUGCUCCAAGGCAAGGAUUCGCAGAUGAAUACAUUGCAGAAUAGGACCCUGGUGAAUGAUGUUCAGAUUUCAAGACCCAGAACUGUUCCAAGAAGGACAGAUUUGUAG